AAGCGGGCAACACGCAUGCGCAUAGCUUGCCCCGCCCACCUGCGACUCCUCCUUGCCCCUUUCUCUGUCCCUUCUCUCUACCGACGAGCGCGUGACGCUCAGGCACCGCCCCCUCAUUGUGGGUACGCGACCGGAGAGGAAAAGGAAAGCAUGUUCGUCCCUCUGAGGUGGCUCCGCGAGACUCCCCGCCACCUGCUGGUGUGCGAGAGGAGCCACCUGCGGCACGAGCGCUCCCGCCACGCGGCGCACGUGCGGAGCCACGCCUUCAACUGCCGGGUAUCCUUGUUCAUCCCUGAAUGUGGAAUCGUUCCAGAAAUAUUGAAAAAUGCAAUUGGAGACUUUGGGGAGUACUACUUGGUGAAGAAAUUGCCCCUUCAUGAGUUAGUAACAGAGGAGUUUAUUAAUACAUUUGUGAAGAAAGGAUCAUGUUAUGCUCUUACAUAUAAUACAAGGAUUGACCAAGACAAUACUGCUGCUCUACUACCAACAGGCAAACUAAUUAUAUCAGUAGACAAGGACACAUAUGAAGAACUUGGAUUACAAGGCCAUCCUUCUCUUUAUUCUGGUAAAAAACCAAUGAGAUACGUUAUUACUGUUAACCUGACUGAUUCAGCCUUUGACCUUGAUAGCAAGAAACGUAGCAGAGUGAUUUGGGCCUUGAAAGAAAAAAAGCCACUGGAGUUUGAUUUCUUAUUGGCCUGGCAUUACACAGGUUCAGAAGAAUUAAGCUUGAAAUCAUAUUUCUCCCAAAAUGAAAUACACACCUAUCAGCCAAAAAUAACCUUCAAAACAUUAAGAAAUGUCCAGUGUCCACUGCUGGAGAAUAAUAAACUGCAAGGAGAGCCAGAAGCUGCGUGCAGUACACAGGAACUCUUUGAAUGGCUUGGUGCCAUUUUUACUAAUGUUGGUUUGGAAAACACAUCUUCUAGUUUCUUAUCAACCUAUUCCUGUCCUCAGCCAAGCACACUAGUCGAUCAGGCUUUGUUGUGUACAAUAACUGGAUUUAUACUCCCAGAGAAGAUAACUCAUUUAUUGGAACAGAUAUGCUGCUAUUUUCAAGAACCAAAGUUGGCUCAAUGGGCCACUCUGACUGUGCAUGGCUUUGCUGACACCCCCAUUUCCUGGAGAGAAAGCGAACACAGUUUCCUAAAGGGAGGGGAGAAUUUAUACAAUUUUGUAAUUUUUAGGAGCUUGGACUACUGGCUUCAGAUGGCAGUAGGAGCGUAUGAUGAUUGUCCUUAAACAGUGGUCAUUGAAACCAUGCAAAGAUGUUACAUUAAAUAGGGUAUAAGAUAUUUAUUACCUGUCUGGAUCAAAUAUAACUUUUUUAAAUGCUAUCAUCAUGUUUUUUAAAAAUUGAUCAGAAAACUGCAAUUUUUUAUAUAUUUUUGAGAAUGAUAUGGUAAGGUGGAAAAUAAAGACUACAACAAUAAAAGUGCCUGUUUCAGAAUGAUGGUAACUUGAUGAAUCCCAGGCCCCACUGCAAUGCUAAUAUCCUACUACUUUUCUAUAAAUUCAUAGUGUGAUUGUAUUUGGACUAUUGUGCAUAGCUAUUGUCAUUACACUGGGUUAAAAGUAGUGUCAGACAUAUGGGAAGAGCAACAAAAAGAAUCAUGAAACUGGAAUAACUGACUGAAACGUUAAUAAAAUGUGGGUUUUUUUAGAUUGAAAGAUAGGAGGAUAAGAGGAGCCAUAAUAGAGAUUUAUAAAUGAUGUGGAGAAAAUAAAUAAAGAGAAACACACCCUCUCUCAUGAUGUUGGAUCCCAAAAUAAUCUCCUGGACCUGAAUCGUGUAUGUGAUUUAAGACUGCUAUAUUCUUUUUUAAAAUUUACACAAUGCACCGAUAGACUGUGGAAUUUACUACCACAAGGACCACUGAUGUCAGCCAAAAUAGAUAAUUCUAUUCUGUUCGCUUUGUUGUUGAUCCACUCCUUUGAGCUUCUGUUAGCACUGUCCGGUUUUGAUUAAAAGUCGUCCAAGCACCUUU